GAAAGCAGACAUUUGAUAUACUUGCAAAUGUGAUUAUUCAAACAUCAGUCCUAUAUUGCGCUUGAGGAAGGAUUUUAAACAAAAAAUAUCAAUCAUGAGGUCUUUCUGGACGCUAGUUUUGUUGAUGACUUUCUACGUUGCUGCAGUUUCUACCUCAGUUUUGUCAAGACAGGGACUUUGUCCCUUCGUAUAUGAAUCUGAUCAUAACUGCCAGAGGAAGAUUGAUUUUGAAUGUCUCCUGGAUUUUGAUUGCAGCGACUCAAUGAAAUGCUGUCGCACAGCAUGUCGUCAGUACAAAUGCAUCCAACCAUUACGAAAUAGAGUUUGCCGCAAAAAAAGCGACAUCGCAUUCGUACUGGACGCCUCAGGAAGCAUUGGAGAAGAAUCCUUCAAAAACAUGAAAAAUACAAUCGAGAAAUUACUUGAAUCAUUUUCCCAUGAGAAAGGUUAUAGACACGCGGCAAUUGUGUAUGGGCAAACACCAAGAAUCGUGUUUAACAAUAUUGCUACACAGACCGACAAUCUAAAAACUGAUGAAUUGGUGAAUAUGAUAAAAAAGGUACCCUAUUAUAAAACACCGAUGACUCGCAUCAUUGCUGCACUACGUCUGGUACAACAAGAAAUAUUUCUUCGCAACAAGAAUCAAGAUGACAGAAUUAAGAUGAUCGUUCUCUUCACGGACGGGGUACAGAGCAUCCCACCCUAUCAAGAAGGUCUGGUAGAAGCUGGAAAAGUUCUGGAUAGUCAAAACAUCAAAGUAUUCGGAAUAUUAACAGGAGAGCAGAGAAAUAUGGAUGGUUUACUGAGUCUGUGCACAAAUGAUGGAUUCAUCUUUGAACCAGAUUUCCUACAAGAAUUGAUCAAAGUCAUGAAUCAUGAAACAGAAUACUACUGCUGAGGAAUGUUGCCUGAUGAUUUGCCUCAAGUAGAUGUUAUAUCAAAGUUUUUAUUCAAAACUGAUUUAUUGCAAAUUUGAAUUCGUAAAUUUUUAGCUCCAGAAAUUUUGAAGUCUUGAAGAGUAAAUUUCAUGUAGCAGUUUGCUAAACACUUGUUAGAAGAGUGUUUCGCCAAUUUUAAUAAAAUUAUAACUCUCAGCAGCGUAACUUAAAAGGUUCGCAUUUUGUUAGAGAAUUUCCGUAAAAGUCUUGGCCUGACAACUGACAAAGCAGGAGACAGAAACUGUCUAUUACAAAGCCAGUCGAUUGUCCAAUUUGGCCCCAAUAUUGAAUAACUUACAUCCGAAUA